AUGCAGUACCGAAUGAUCAUGGCGGCCACUCUGGCCCUUGGCAACUUUGCCAACGCCAUGCCUGCCCCUCCCCAGAUCACCAAGGCCCCCAAGGCUGAUCUCUCCAAGCGCCAGCAGCCCCAGGCUGACGGCACCAGCGUCCUCGAUGCCCCCAUGACUAUCGCCGCCGGCGAGACCUUCGAUGGUAAGAAUGUCAUGUUCGACCGUGGUGUUUCCUGCACUGGUCAGGAGGAGGGCGGUGACUCGGACGCCGUCUUCAUCCUCGAGGCCGGCGCUUCGCUGUCUAACGUCAUCAUUGGCCCCAACCAGAUUGAGGGUGUCCACUGCAACGGUGGCUGCACUCUCACCAACGUCUGGUGGGACGCUGUCUGCGAGGAUGCCUUCAGCAUCAAGAAGCAGGCUGAUGGCGAGACCACCACCAUCAACGGCGGUGGUGCCAAGGGCGCUGAGGACAAGGUCAUCCAGCACAAUGGUGGCGGUACCGUCGUCAUCAACGACUUCACCGUCUCCGACUUUGGCAAGCUCUACCGCAGCUGCGGUAACUGCAAGGAGAUGCCCGCCCGCCACGUCAAGGUCUCUGGUGGUACUGCCAGCGACGGCAAGGUCCUUGUCGGCAUCAACCCCAACAUGGGCGACACUGCCAGCAUCUCUGGUGUUAGCGUGACCAACGUCAAGGAGCAGUGCGUUGCCUUCAAGGGUGUCACUGACGGCAGCGAGCCCGAGAAGGUUGGCAGCUGCGACGCCGAGGCUGGUGCUGGAUCUGGCUCCGACUCUGGCUCCGAGACCGGCUCCGGUGAUGCUCCUGCUACCUCUGCCCCUUCUGACGCCACCCCCACCUCUGGAAGUGACGACGAGGAGGCUGCUCCCGUUGAGUCUGCCCCCGUCGAGUCUGCCCCUGUCGAGUCCGCUGAGCCCGCUCAGCCCACCGAGACCACUGGUGAUGACGAGUCCAGCGACGACAACAACAACAACGAGGAGUCGGGCGAUGACAGCAACAACGAGGAGGAGUCUUCCGAUGACAAGGAUGAGUCCGAGGACAAGGAUGAGGAGGUCGAGAACCAGGAGCAGACCGGCGACAACCAGCAGACUGGUGGCUGGAACUGGGGCUCCUGGUUCAACAACAACAACAACAACUAA